AUGGAGCCUUUCAAUAUAACGGUUAUGACGGUCGAGGACGGUGCCUUGGUAUCAACCAGGAAAGGUAUCCGGGUUAAGAAAGAAAAACACGGCAAACUCGCCUUUAUUAACACUUCGACCAACAAUAUCUGCCCGCCCAGGACACCAAUUGCCAAGUCCAAGAUCACACAAUCUUCCGAUCUUAUCGUUAUGCCAAUAUCAGGUCCAAGACGGACAAGGCCCAAAUCGCCGCGUGCGAAAGCAAACAAGACCAAGGACAACAGUUCCGGACCAGAGAAGGAACCAGAGGUGGAUCGAAUCUCUCGCAUCAUCAAACAACUUGCCCUGCCCCCAAGAUUACUCCAACGACUCGAAACCCUACCCGCCUCGUCAAAAUACCAGGUACCCGCUCACCUCUCCCCAGUGGGCCAGCGACAUCUCCUCUGGUCCAUGGUCAUGUGUCCCGAGCUUAGCUACCCCCUGGACAAAUAUGGCAUCAUGACCCAUAAUCCCAUGUUGGCCUCGGAUCGGUCUGAGUGGAUGACGGCAUCUCAUUUCAUUCUGACCACGAAUUUACUCCUGGGAGCUGCGUUUGAAGCCCGUCGGGAGGGGAAAAGAGAGUCGAGGGCGUUGAGGGAGUUGCAUGCCAAGACGUAUCGGUAUGUUAGCCAUCAGCUGAAGGAGCCGGGGGAAAGGAGCGAUAUUGAGUAUGGUUUUCUGGUCAUGUCUGUGGCUGGCUUGGCAUUUACAGCAAGCCUAGUCGGCAACGAUGCUCAGUGGAAGAUCCACGCCAAAGGCAUGCAGGUUCUUAUCAGUGCUAGCGGAGGAUUGGGCAAGCUGGAUCCCAUCACACUCAACUGCGUGCGUGGUGUCGACAUUGAUUGCGCAAUUCCGGCAGGGGCACAGCCGCAUAUUCCCUUCUUCAGGAGGCAUUACCCUUUCACCCACGUGCUACCUGCCGCUGAAAUCGACGCGAUGUUUUCGCGGCUCAGGACCCGACUUUCUGUUUGUAGCGUUGAUCCAAACGUCAUUGAAACUCUGAUCUCGGUCUUCACCCUUAAGCAGAGUACCUACUACGCACGUACAGCAACUCCCGCCAUCAAAUUCGGCCCCGAGGAGUUGAUGGAAGAAAUCUGGUUCUUGAAGUUUCAACUCCAGUCAUCCCCCAAACCACUGUUUAAGCAACCAAAAGACCAAAGCACGUCAGUUACAGAAUCACUGGAGUCGGCGUUACGCAUUGCAGCGCUGAUGUACUUCGACAAAAGACUCCUAGACUCUCCGAUUGGUUGGAGAUAUUACUCAAAGCUGCUUUAUCUAAUUGUCAAGCCUAUGGAAACACUUCUGGAUGCGGUCCACGCAGGAAAUAUGCGUAGGUUGCCCAUAGACCAGGUCAUUGCGUCUGCGCGGCCGUUUCUGCUGUGGAUUUGCAUGUUGGGACAUCUAUUUUCGGUACGGACUGGUGUGUAUCCUUCUGGGGCGAGCUACCGGGAUUUUGGAAGUUCUAUUUAUCGUCGGAUGGUAAGGAAGUUGGUGGGGACCCAGCUGGAGAGUGCUGAUGCGGGGGAUUUAGCGUUGGCGGCAAUGACUGCCGACACAUGUCCCGGUGGCAAGGCGCGGUAA